UUUAGUUACGAUUGAUGUCACCUCACUCUAUACUAACAUUCCACUAGAUGAGGCUCGUACCAUCAUAGAGAAUAUCCUUCGUAGGAGAACAAAAUUGCAACCACCUACACAUUUCUUGAUGGACCUGUUAGAUAUAGUACUGGAGAAAAAUUAUUUCCGUUUUCAAAACCAAUUUUACUUUCAGACCUUCGGUGUCGCUAUGGGAAGUCCGUUAGCCCCAUCGAUUGCCAAUCUAUUCAUGGCACAUUUAGAAAACACUAUAUUGCUUAAUCCAUCUUUAAAUAUGUACUAUUCUAAUAUAAUAUACUAUGGCCGAUUUAUUGAUGAUAUAUUCAUAGUAUUUAAAACAACUGAGGCCGCAGUAGGAUUCUCUAAUUGGAUUGACACUAUACAUACGUCUAUUAAGUUUACCAGUCAUCUCAACCUGUCACAUAUCAAUUUUUUAGAUGUUACUGUGUAUAAAUAUCAUAACAAACUUUUGGUCAAGAACUUCAGAAAACCAUCAGAUAAAAAUUCUUUUCUUCAUUAUAACAGCUUCCACCACUUUGGUUUAAAGACCAAUCUUCCAUUUUCACAACUACUUAGACUAAAGCGUAACUCAAGCUCUAAUGAACACUUCAUUCAUGAAAGCCUGACCUUAAGCCAGGAGUUUAGAAGUAGAGGCUAUCCUAAACAUGUCAUCAAAAAGGCAUUAAUUAAAGCUGAAAAAACUGAUAGAACCACCCUACUGAAAGAAUCUGCUAAACCAACUAAAAAUCAAAUUAUCUGGACACAAGAAUUAUCGCAUUACUCCAAACACAUAAUCCAAAUUAUAAAAAAGCACUGGCAUCUUCUUCAAGAUAUUUCAGGUUGUGAUAAAUUACCUAUUUUUGGAAACAGGCGUACUAAAAAUAUUAGAGAAUAUUUAAUCCAUACAGAUUUAAUCACUCCCAUUAGUACACCGAAGAGCACCCUGAGAGGCCAUUAUCCUUGUGGUCACUGUAAGUGUUGUCCUCAAUCUUGGAAGACUAAGGAGAUAUAUAAUCAUAGGAACAAAGUGGGCACCACACUAAAACAUUUUUCUACUUGUAAUAGCAGCAAUGUAAUCUACCUCUUGACAUGUGGCUGUGAUCUCUGGUAUAUCGGAAAAACAACCAGAUCCUUGAGAAUCAGAAUCUCUGAACAUAAAUCCAGAAUCAAAAAUUUAUCUACAGAAUCUCUUUUAUAUUCACACUUCACCCAAUACAAACAUUCAUCUACCUCAUUUAAAUUUUGUGCUCUGGAAUGCAUCUCUCAAAAACCUUUCAUGGACUUGGAAAAACUAUUAUCCCAAAGGGAAAUGUACUGGAUCUUUAAGUUUAAAACCUUUUCCCCUCAGGGACUUAAUGAAUCACUUAAUUUUAGCUGUUUCCUUUAAACCUUCAAGUACUCUUUAAAAACCUUUGAAUGAACCUCCAGAAUUACUCGCAGUUGAAAUCACCACAAGCAGAGUCACUCAGUGAAAGCAUUUAGCACUAUAUAGAAAUUCAUUGUUGCUGAGUUUAACAACUCCUGAAGAAGGGGUUUUUCCCUGAAACAGGGUCAAAAAUACCCGGGACCCCUGUAGACUUGGGACUUUAUUUGGACUUUACUUUUGAAGACUUUUUUGAGAGCGGUGCUCCAUCAUUAUUUUCUUCAAUCCAGUAUACAGCAACACGACCAACCAUCUGUUUGGAAGGUAUUUUCAUUGACUGUAUCCCUGAAGCCUAUAUGUAUUGGAACCAAUACCAGACUUGAACAACUUUUGUGUUAGAGCUGUUGCUCCUUUUCAUUUUGUCAGGUACGGCCAAAUUGAGCUUUGUACGAGGAACUGUAACAAUAUAUGUCAUUUGGACACAUUUUCUUUGUACAUAGACAAUCGUUUGUGUGUAUAGAUACUUUACAAGUAUUCUGGGACUUUGUAUAAUAUCCCUCUUUACCCCUGUGGAGACUGCUUCCCUCCCAUGCCGGUUUUUAAAAGCCCGAAACAGCUGAUCAGCUGUUCAAGCUCCCACAAACAGCUGAUUUCCAGCUGGUUUCAAGAGAAGAGAAGUGGAGAGACACUAGAAGUCUCUGAAAGUGUUUAUUUUAAACUUUAUAAUAUUAAAUAGAUCAUGAAUAAGUAACUGGAGAAAGAGGGAAAUCUGGUGGCAUUUUUUAAUAAAAAUCCUGCCGUUAUGAUGCUUAU